AGUUAACUCCCCCGUCAAUUCGUGGUGGGCCCAUAAGCAAGCCACCUCCGCGUUUUCACCAGCCACUUAUACUUGGCGCUCCGCACCGCUGGUCCACUGAAGCCGGGGGACCGAUGGACCUCGGCACGGACGGUUAAUCGUACCAGCGAGGAGGUGAACUGAGACCGAGCCAUUGAUUCAACAUCAUCAAACCGCCCAACAAUUUUGUCAUAAAGUGAACCUUGACCUCUCACCUUUACAAAAGCAAAACACACCUCACUUACAUACACACACACAUAUUUCAGAUACAGAACGACCAUCUUCAACAUGUCGGCGCAGAUCCCCAUUGCUGUCAGUGGCCGCGUGAGCGACAGGGCAAAGAAAACUUUGGAUAUUGUCGCGAAGUUUGUGGAGGAGGACUGUAUCCCUGCCGAUGCCGUCUAUGAAGCCCAGAUUGGCGCGGGGGAUGCGAGGUGGAACUCGCACCCGCCAAUUCUCGAGGACCUCAAAAAGAAGGCUCGGUCUCUAGGCCUUUGGAACAUGUUCCUUCCCAAGGGCCACUACAAGGAGUCGCCGGGCUGGACCAACCUCGAGUAUGGCCUGAUGGCCGAGUGGCUGGGCAAGUCGAGGACCGCCUCUGAGGCUGUCAAUUGCGCCGCCCCAGACACGGGCAACAUGGAGGUGUUGGCCAAGUACGGCAAUGAUGCGCAAAAGGCCAAAUGGUUGAAGCCGUUGAUGGAUGGCGAGAUCCGCUCGGCCUUCCUGAUGACGGAGCCCCAGGUUGCUUCAUCUGAUGCGCGCAACAUCGAGAUGAAGAUUGAGCGGGACGGCGAUCACUACGUGCUGAACGGCCAGAAAUGGUGGUCCAGCGGUGCCGGUGACCCCCGGUGCAAGGUCUACAUCGUCAUGGGAAAGAGCGAUGCCAACAACAAGGACCCUUACAGGCAGCAAUCCGUUAUCGUUGUCCCCGCGGAGGCCCAGGGCAUCACCAUCCACCGCAUGCUCUCCGUUUACGGGUACGACGAUGCCCCUCACGGUCACGGUCACAUCACCUUCAAGGACGUCCGCGUGCCGGCCGGCAAUCUCGUGCUCGGCGAGGGCCGCGGUUUCGAGAUCAUUCAAGGUCGUCUUGGCCCCGGCCGCAUCCACCACGCGAUGCGGACGAUUGGAGCGUCUGAGCGGGCUCUAGAAUGGAUGCUCAUGCGGAUCAACGACCCCAAGAAGACGACCUUUGGCAAGCAGCUGCGCGAGCACGGCGUCAUCCUGGAGUGGGUUGCCAAGUCCCGGAUCGAGAUCGAUGCCGCGCGCCUUAUUGUGCUCAACGCGGCCAUCAAGAUGGACGACCACGGGCCCAAGGCCGCGCUCAAGGAAAUUGCUCAGGCGAAGGUCCUCGUUCCCCAGACAGCAUUGACCGUCAUCGACCGGGCGGUCCAAUCAUUUGGUGGCGCGGGUGUGAGCCAGGAUACGCCACUGGCUAGCAUGUGGGCCGGUAUCAGGACGCUGAGGCUGGCGGAUGGUCCCGACGAGGUGCACCUGCAGCAAAUGGGCAGGAAUGAAAAUAAGCGCGGCAAGGAGGUUGCCGAAAAGAUUGCUGCACAGAAGACCAAGUCCGAGCAGCUGAUGAAGCAGUACGGUGUUGAACGGACCGAGAUUGGGUCCAACAUCAAGCGAUCGACUUAGAAACCUGGUUAUGACUCAUGUUUGUGUUUGUAAAGUUUACUUAGCACUGCCCAAUAUAGGCACCUAACUGAUGCCCGGCAAUUGUCUCGUGUUCAAUUUCUUUGUUGGCCGGUUGAUCCCGUCUCG